AAUCUAAAUUUGGUCCGAUCACGCGACUGAAAAAAAAUGCAAUCUGGAAUAUCUACUUUCACUUUCGAUUUGCCUCAUUGCUUCAAAUUAUUUACAAAAAUCGUAUCAAAAUGCUUAUAUGAAAAGUGUAAAAUUCAUUUACUGGCAGAUAAACAUAGGUCAAAACACAGUGGUUGAUAUGGAACAGAAAGAACAAAACAUUGAUUUCACAACACUUGCUAAACAAAUUGAUUCAAAAAUAGAUCCAGACUUAGUUAAACAAUUGAAACAAGUCGAAACCUUGAAUAUACUUUUGAAAUGCGAUAUGUUUGGAAAUGAAGAACUUAUUCCUGUUGGAAGUUGCAUAGAUGGUUCAAAAGUUACCGUGCCAAGCGAUAGUGGAGACAUUGACGUGUUAAUAGUUUCUAACCGGGUACUUUUAAAAGAGUCAUUGUUUGAUUACGACAAUGAAAAUCCCGCAUUUCUACAUAUCAGAGUUAAAGACGAACAUGAAAAAUACUUUAAAACAGUGAAAAAUCCGAUCAAAGGUGUUUACCUCCCAAUUUCUGUUCUUAAAGAACUUCGAGAAAGAUUGUUCUUUCUAUCUAAAGUGUGGCUAAAUAGUAAAACGCAGGAAGGCUUAUCAGAAGAUGGACAGUUCUUAAACGUUACAAGAACUUCAGCAGUGGGAAAAGAACAGAUGAAAUUGUAUCCGGACGAACAGAUUGCUUUUCAGUUCAUGAAUAACCAAGAAACAUUAACAUUUAAAUUGAAAAGAAUGGAAAAAUUUGCCAAAUGUGCGCUUGGUGGAAUAAUGCAUGUAGUAAAUAAUGCCGAAGAAAUGGAUGACGAAGAUGGAUUAAACACGUUUGAGACACACAGCCAACCAGAUUCCUCUCUGUUAGAGAUGCUGCACAAAUUUCUAGACAUGGCCGAAGGCAAAGAAAACGGUGUUAGUAAUAUAAACAAUAAUCCGAUCACGAAUGAAGAUCUGUACACAGAUGAUACUGCUGAUGAAAAAUGUGAAACCAUGCAGUGUGAAACGCUUGACAGAGAAGGAAGUGAAAACACAUCAGAUAAGAUUUCCACUGAAUUAUUGCGUGGCGGUGCGUAUAAGAGAAAAUUAUCACAAGACUGCACAACAACAGACACGAAGCGUGAUAACUCUGGUUCUGGUUCUGAAUUAGACCGCACAUCUGAACACAAAAAUGCCAUUGAUUCAGAUUCCUUGGAAAAUUCCGUAAAAGAAAGUAGUAAAACAGAGGCAUGCAUCAAAAACCCAAUUCAAAAUGGAACAGCAAAAAAUAAGUCCUCGUUUUCAAAAAUAAAGUCGACAGACUUUGUCCCAGCAUUUAAAUUUGAAGGAUGGCCACGGGUAGCAGAUGAGUGGGUGACUCGGCAGAGAAAAUGGCCUUCGAAAGUAACGCUGAAAAAGGUUCUCGAAUCAGGAUGUCAGGUUGUUGCAAAACGACCUUUAGCCUUGUAUAGUAAACCAAUAGCCGAAGAAAGAGACCCAUACUUCAGACUGUCUUUUGCACUUUCUGAAAUAAUUCUCGCACAAAGCAUGAAGGAGCAACAGAUGUUGUGUUGGCGGGUAUUAAAAGCCUACCAGAAAGCUUUUCUAGAGACUAGACCAAAAUGCCUUACAUCAUAUCACUGGAAAAACGUUGUAUUUUGGGUAAGUGAAAAUUUGGACGAAUCAUUUUGGGAAGAUGAAAACAUCCUUGUAGCGGUGCUUAAAUCUUUAGACUUGAUGCAAAAUUGUCUUCAAAACCGAACCCUGCCAUUUUACUUCGUCAGAAAAAUGAAUCUGUUUAACGGUUGUGACGAGACGUUAUUUGACAGCUUGAUAAGACAAGUUGAAGCGAUUAGGAGAGAGCCGUUAGUAUUUUUGGAAAGAUUCUUAGCAGCGCCUCCUAACUCUGAAACACACUUUCUAGGCAUCGGUGAGAUUGAGGACAUGCUAAGUCAAGAAGCAAAGGCGCAAAACAAGGACAGCAUUUCAGAGGAAAUAGUAAAUGGUUUUAUAAACCAUUUUCCAGCGUUUUGCAAAAUUGAUGAUCGAGGUGAAACACACAAACAGCAGUUUCAUGAAACUGUUUCGGACUUUCUGAAGACGGCUCGGUCUGAAAUAGAGAAGAGGUCGCCAGACGUUUCUAAAGACGCUCAGAAGUCAAAAAGUUUGCAAGAGCAAAUGCUAAACAGUUUGGAAAAAGUCUCAAACUCUUUGAGAAAUGGAGAUGAAGAAGAAAUAUUUAAGUCUUUUGAUAACGCAUUUCAGUCAGUAGCACAUGAUAGAGAGUUAAACGACGAAAACAGCACAGAAUCCGAUUCCGAAAGCGCUACUAAACAAAGUCUUGCAGAUAUGUUCAGCACUUUAUCAUCUGCUAUGGCAGGUAUGCAGAAAGACGACGGAUCAGGAAAUUCAAACAAUGUUUUGGACAGUUUUCACAAAAUAGCAAUGAAAUUGCAAGAAGACUUCGAGUCAAAGAAUAAAAAGUGUGAUCAACCUGACGAGAAAGAAAGCAAAGAAGAAAAUGCAGUACUAUCAACCUUCAUAGGCGUUUUCCCAAAGUUCAUUGAAGGAAUGCAGAAGAGUACCGAAAAUGAAGACGGAAAUGCCAGUUUUGCUAAUGACUUUAGGGAGGUCAUAAAUGAAGCUUCACAGAAAAUAGGAGAGAUAACAGGCAGGGAAGACAAAAAAGAGAAGAAAUUAGAAAUGGAUAUAGAACUAGAUUAAUACAUUCAAAAUCUUAUAUUGACAGAUACCUUACAUAAAGCCAAAGAAUAAAAAUAUUCUAUCUUCUACGAAAUUAAGACUAUGUACAUGAGGAUAUUCAAUUUACAGGUAUAAUCGCCUUGACGGACAUUUAUUUCAUGCCAAAGGCAAUCUGUAUUUUCUGACUACAAGGUUAAAAUUGAGUUUGGCGAUUAAACAUAGAUCGCAACUUUUAACCGUUGGUCCGAUUAAAAAAUUGCACGAGUUUUAUUGUGGUAAAGAAAAUAUGUAACGUUUUAGCUCCAGUUCAUGACAUUGAAAUAACGACAUGAAGGAAACGUUAGUGCAACAAAACUUAAUUCAAUAUCAAGAUAACAAUUGAAUAUAUACAGAGUAACAAUGUAUUUAAUCGUUAUGUUACUGAUUCAUACAAUAAAAAGAUAAUGUGUGUGCUGA